UUGGAAUCCUCUAUCAAAUGUUGUUAUGUUUCAGAUCAAGCUGCUGACCUACAUCUUGGCAAAGAUAUUGCUUUUUUACAAUCACGUGCAGGGAAAAUUUACUAUGCUGGGAAUGGAAUCAAAUAUGGUUUGCAGGAAACCGGUACAACAUGGAUGGAGCUGGUAUUGCCAGAAAGUAUAGUACAAAUGUCAGUAGGGGUCGAAUAUGUUCUAUUUCGUGCGGGUAGUGGUCAUGCAUGGAUUGCUGGGGGUGAUGAUGGACGACGGGCUGGCAAGUUGAGGCGACUGACGACCGUAAAUAGGCGUAAAACUCUAUCAAUCAGCAGUGCAGCCUCAAGUUAUGCUUACGUCACUGAUAAUGGACGGGCAUCGAUAGCUCUUGGGAAGACACACGCGGUAGCGAUUUCUAAGCAAGGAUAUGUAUAUACUUGGGGCUUGAACAAUCUCAACCAGUGCGGACGAACUGAGCAAGCGCCAACAUCACUAACGCCAUCACCUCGCCGACGCGGUUCGGUUGUUGCUUGUGAGCCAUCAGAACAUCUGUUUGUCAAGGACAUUCCAUCAUAUUGUGCGCAGUGCGGUCUUUGUUCCGCACGUGGUGCCGCUUGCCCAUUACCAGCUUUUACAAGGAAAACCGGCACAUGUACUUGUGGACCGGGUGAUACCACUUGCUUAAGGUUGUCUUUACACUUUCCCUACCCGGUCCCUUUCAUAAAAACAUCCUGUAGGUGUGGGUUAUGUCGUGCAUGUGGUGAAUCUUCUCAGCAGCAGCCAAAACCUUCCAGUGACACUCCAACUAGGACUCAUCUCGCUCCAGCCCGAGUGACGAUUGUAAAAAAUCAGGUCAACGUAAAGGUAAAGCUAAAAAUUGCGCCUCUUUUCUCACUGGUCGGGAAAAUCGAUUUUCAGGUCUCAUCGGUCAGCUGCGGAAAUUUUCACACGAUUUUGUUAGCUGCUGAUGGAAGCGUCUUUUCGUUUGGAUCGAAUUGCCACGGGCAAUUGGGUACGGGGGAUGUCAGAAGUAAAACCGAGCCUCAACUAGUUGUACUACCAGCUGAUGUGCAAGUCGUGCAAGUAGCCGCUGGGGCUAACCAUACCGUACUACGGACGUCUUUAGGAGCUGUGUUUACCUUUGGCGCACAUAAAAUGGGACAAUUGUUGAGACCGGCCGAAGAUGAGAGCCAUUGGCACGCGACUCCAGGCCGAGUGCCAGGAUUUGGCCCAGGCUGUGAAUCUUUCGCUACUUGGAUUGGAGCUGUAGGCGAUGCUACUCUUAUUCACAGCCAUACGUCAUUAUUGCAUUCCGAUGAUGUGAUAGAUGCUCAGCUGGUGGCUAGUAAGUAUGACCUCUUCAUUUUCCCACGCCAAGUUGGUAAAGAGUAUGUCGCAAUCCGCAGGAAAAAUGGAUAUUUCGCACACCAUCAGCUUGGUCCGUCUGGUCUGUACACGAGUUGGUGCCUGGAAUCUCAAUAUGACAUCCUGUGGUCGUACAAUGCUGCUGAAGUGCGAGUACAAGCUUACUCCAUACACCUGGCCACUCCAAAU